CUCGUGACUUGCAGUUUUCACAUUGUUUACUUUUCUUUUGUGCCUUGUUACAUUAGCAAAUAAAUGAUUGAGUAAGUACACUACUAGCACUAGUGGUAGGCAGAUGUUGUAGUUAUUUACCAUAAGCAGAGAACUAUUAUUCAUCAUGUCUCAACGCGUUGCUUUGGUAACCGGAUCCAACAAGGGCAUUGGUUUUGCCAUUGUGCGCGCUUUGUGCAAACAACUGGACAACGGAAUCGUCUACCUGACUGCCAGGAAUGAGGAGAGAGGGAAGGAGGCCGUGGCCAGACUCAAUCAGGAGGGACUCCAGCCUAAGUUUCACCAGUUGGACGUGACCGACCGAGACAGCGUGAGAAAGCUGAGGGAUUUCUUGAAGGAAACACACGGAGGCUUGGACAUACUAGUCAACAAUGCGGGAAUAUCUUUCAAGGGAAAUGCUACGGAACCGUUUGGAGUUCAGGCGACAGUUACCAUGGCAACCAAUUUUACGGCACUUUUGGAAGCCAACAGGAUGCUUGUUCCACUUAUACGUCCCCACGGAAGAAUCGUCAACUUGGGCAGUUUCACCGCACGACUGUAUGCGUUUGAGAAAAUGAGCAAAGAGCUCCAAACUCGUUUUCAAGCGGUAAAGACGGAACAGGACGUGGAGAACCUGAUGCGAGAAUUCGUUGAGCUUGCAAACGCUGGCAAUCACGGCAGCAAGGGCUGGCCAAACUCCGCCUAUGCAACUACCAAGAUGGGGGUGGUCGCACUGACCAAGGUCCAAGCUGCCGACAUAGCCAAGGACAACACAAAAGAAGAUGUUCUUAUGAUAUGUUGCUGUCCUGGUUACGUAGCCACAGACAUGUCUUCUCAUAAAGGUCAUUUGACCAUCGACCAAGGGGCGGAGACGCCAGUCUUCAGUGCCCUGCUACCGCCUGGCUCCGAGCAAUUCCAAGGCAAGAUGUUCAGUGAAAAGAAGCUGUACGAGUUCUGGUAGAGUCUGAAUCCAGACUGGUCGAAUGCUCAUGAAAACUCAGUGUGAAAAUGUACGAAUUUGUAGAGUAAUACAGUGCUUGGUUUACAUGAUUUUGAUAUUUUCAGAGCCUAAGCUGACAUACUUUUCAUUAGUGUUUCCUGUUCCAUAAAUACAAAGAAUCUGCCUUUUUGGGGAAAAAAAUGUGAUUAAUUUUAGCAGAUUUAAUAAAGAGGACCAUUAUGUAUUUCAAAUUUCCAAAGAACAAAGUCUAAGGUUUGAUCGUUGUAUUUUAUAUGCAAAUACCUUGUUAUUCCUGCUUUUAUCUAGUAUGUUCGCUUGAGUGUUGUAAAUCGCUUUUUAAAUUUUAGAUUGUAGGCCACCCAUGCAGCUUUUUGAAUUGUUUUUGUAUUGUCUUAAGGUUCUAUUGGAAUAAGUUUUUAACUUAAUAAUACAGUUUGUAUGUUUAUUCUUUGUAUAAGUGCCUUGAGGUGGAUUUUUCUGUAAUUGUCUGCGCUUUAUAAAUUUCUCUAUUAUUAUUAUUAUAGAGUCAGCAUCUAUGAAAUGUUAAUGCAUCUUUUUAAUUCUUAAUAGGCAUUCAUUAAGUACUAAUAAAAUGUGAUAUUUUGAAAAGGAAA